GACGAAAAGUGAAUAGUAAUGCCGGAGUGGCCGUGUGAAGGUCGUUUCAAAAUUUCAGUUCGAUAUGCCAAUACGCGGCUCGGCAUAAAUUAUGAGUCGCGCAAUGUUGCGCGGCCGCUCCGCAGCGCUGGGGUUUUUGCAGCUCCACAUAUUACGUAUGCGACGAGGCCCAAAGCAACAUUACAUUCGCGACUGCUCUCUUGGCUCCGCGGCUUACGUAAUGAAAACAACGCGAAACCGGUCUCGGUCUCUUGGCUUCGUUAUGUGUGGCUGUUGUACCUGUUGCGAGGUUCGCGGUCCGGCGGGCGCCCGGCGGAGGUGGCGGAUACACAGAUGCGGUGCAAUGUGGAAUCGGAGCUGCUCAGCACAGAUACUUCCCAGCUUUGCUUGGUGUUUGUUUUUAUAAUUUUGAACCAUCGCGGAUGGAAUAUCUGCGGCGGCUGUGUGUGCACGGACACAAGACGGCCAAUCCGAACGGCCUCACGGCGCGCCGGAACCCGAAUUUUUAAGGCUUUGGAAGAGAAGGUACGAACUGCGGUAGCGACGAAGCAAGUCUGUGAAAGCCUCCAUUGGAAUUAUGCAAACUGCUGGUGAGACGAGAUUAUCUGCUUCAUUGGAAAAACCUUGGGCUACGCGCAUGAUAUCCGUGCAUUCGCAAUCGGGGAUGAGGAUGGAGUCGUGAACCCAUCCCACUUGAUGGGGCCCUGGGAAUCGCUCUUGGCUCUACGAAACAUUCCAGAAAGUAUCGCUACGUGCCUGCCGCACACACUGCCAUUAACUAGACAAAAGUGAUUCGGGCCAGUCCUCCUCGGUGGAAGCAAUUUACAUGCCCGCCCGCCAAUGGAGUGAACGAACGUGCACCCACGACCUUGAGACUAUUUUCGUCCCAUCCAAUUGCCUUAAUUAUUGCAAAUUCAUCGGCCAUUGCCUGCUGG